AUGGACUUCUAUGCAGUUGAGUCGUCUCAGCCACCAGUCACGGUCGACGCACCAUCUACACCUGCAUCGACCACGAUGGGUAAUGCAAUGCGCACAACACAGAGACCCGACGGCCCUACCACUCCCGUCAAUCCUACCGUCAAAGUCAACACUGCCAAGCUCCACGAACUGCGCGCAAAGCUGCUUGCCAACCGUCAGGCAACCCCUGUCAAGGACGCCUUGAAUCCCAUCAACAACACCAAUGCUGUCCCCGUCAAGACAGAGUCACAAUCCCGACCUCAGAGCCCUGCCGUCAACCCGAACCCUACUCUGUUGAAUACCAAGCCUCUCGUUCAGCCACAUCAUCCUAAGAACAACAGACCGACUGCUGCCUCGAUGCUCAGCCAGUCCAACUCGGUUGAUGCUCUCUUGGCCGAAGGCCAUGCAACUGCUAUAAUCUCACAACCUGAGACCAAGACCCAACAGAAAACUGCCCCAAUGGAGCAGCUCAACACAAGUGACCCUGCAUACAAGCCUGCCGCCGGGACCAAUCUUGAUGCAACCAAGCCAGUCAAGUCACCCGCUGUCUCUCAUACUCAAUUCAAUACUGCUGAACAGACUAUCGCAAACAGCGAUAAGUCGUCGUCGACUGUCAAAUCGCCAGACCUUUCUAACCAUCAAAAGAACAAGCCCAUCACUCUGACCAGCCAGAAGACUAAUCUCGCUUCUCUUGUGCCCGGACAACAGCCUCCCAAGGACAAGCCCGUUGACAUGAAUGCUGAUCAAGACGCCAUUGCAACGAAAUCCAUGAGAUCCGUGUCCAAUGGACCCAUGCACAAGCACAAUCCGGAUUUGAUGGCUGAACUUCCUAAGGAUUCAGAGGAUGAGUAUUUCAAGGACGUCGAUCUUUGGCUUCAGAUCACUGGCUUCCACGACACUUCGUUCCGCGAACAAAAGCUCAAGACCUACAAGAUGCGUGCUGUGCUUGAAGAAAAGAAACGUGCUCUGGAGCGUGAAUUUGCAGAGCUUGAACGUCAAGAGGCUGCUGCGGCUAACGACCCUAGCACCAAGGACUACACGCGUGCUGUCUCGGCUGUCUUUAUGCUACCUCCACCUCUCCCUGCUGUGGUUUCGACAGACGAGCAGUCCGCUCCCGUUCCCAAGGCCAGUCCCACACCUUCUCACCCUGCCUCUGCUGGAGCCAAGCGUCCUCGCUCGCCGUCUUUCCUAGUGAACAACAAUCGUGAGAAGUUGAGCCGUUUGAACACCUCUGAUCGUGCUGUGCCCAGAGAUGACUUGUUCGACAAGCCUCUGUCCGCCAGUGCUUCCAGACGUGAUUCCGAUCAGAGAUCAGACCAUCGCCAACGCUCUGCUUUUGACGCUUCUCCUGCCCACCAGUCCAUCUCUGUUCGUGGUCAGGCCUUCCGUCCUAAUGACAACGGCGUCAACCGUCGCGAAUCCUGGACUCCCAGAUCUCCUGAACACUGGUCUGCACGUUCCCAUGGAUGGAACACUUCGUUCUCUGAUGUCAACGAGCAGCCCAUCGGCCAAGGUGGCUUCUCUAACAACAAAUGUGGGUACAAGUCUUCCAACCCCAGAGACAGAUACAACAGAUAA